AACUCUCCUAAACUCCAGAAGUCAGUUUUAUAAAGACGAAGCCAGGGUAGUUGCUUGAUUGUCAUUUGCAAUUGUCAUUAUCAGUCGGGGCCAAGCAUGGUGGCUAGUUCGCGGACGAACCAUGGGGCCUAUGCGCUAUUUGCAUUGCUGAUAUUUAUGACGACGUCGUGCGUGAUUGGGGCCGAGCAGAUAGUAUUCGAUGCAAUGACUACUAGUCAAGAAGGCGGCCGAAUCGACGAGAACGAUGUGCUGAUCGAGGAAAGCAACCCUGCAUCAACAGGCAAAGAUGAAGAGAUAGUAUUCAGCGUCGAGGGAGUUGAUAACGGAUUACCGCCGAUGCCUCUGAUUACUGGUGUUGGAUCUGACGAAGAAGGAGAGAGUUCUGAACCGCUAGAACCGGUCAGCGAAGAUCAGAAGAUGGUCAACCGAGCCAUUGAGAUCCUGCGCACCCUCGACCAAAAUUCGCGGAGUGGUCGUAGCGAUGUUGGUGCAUCUCUCGACGAAUCGCUGACGCCCAACAUGUUUACAGUUUUUGCAAGACUGCUGCGAUCAGUUGUGAUUAACAUCAUUGACUUUCUGAUUCCAGUCUCGUAUGAAGAUCAAGAAGCGUUUCUGGAACAUACACAGACUGAUGGAACGCCGAAUAGCUAUUCGUUGUCGGACGAGGGUCCGUCGACAGCGACCGAGGAACAACCGCAGUCAUCCCAGACAGAGUCGGAAGAGAUACCACCGGUACAGGUCACAGACACACCAUAUGAUGGGAUGUCGCGAAAAGAACGGUUGCAAGAGGCCAUGAACUUGCUCAAGUCAGCAGCGGAGUACAACAACACUGACGCGCUCUAUCUGCUCGGAGAGAUGCACUUCUACGGCAACUAUUCAACGCCGAGGGCGUAUUCGAAAGCUACAGAGUAUUACCACAAGCUCUCCGAAGUCAGUGGGAACGCGACGGCUCAGAAUAUGCUGGGAUUUAUGUAUUCGACUGGAAUAUUUGGCGAUGUGCCGCGAGACCAAGCCAAGGCUUUAUUGUACCACACUUUUGCCGCCUAUGGAGGCGAUACGCGGUCUGAAAUGACACUUGCGUACAGAUAUCAUGCAGGGAUAGGAACACCGCGGAACUGCGAAAAGGCGGUGUUUUUCUACAAGCGGGUUGCAGACAAAGUGAUGGCGUAUUGGCGAAGUGGGCCACCAGGAGGACGCACACUCGAUCAGCAUACCUGGAAGCUUGCGGACGAUCACGGUGGAGUCUACGGAGAAGGAGCUAGUCAUAGCUCGGUAGGCAAUCCGCGUAAGCGGUAUUCCCCGGCAUCGGACUCGGCCUCGCUUGACGACGUGCUGGAGUAUCUGCGAUACAUUGCCGAUAAAUCCGAUAUCGCGGCGCAGUACUCGCUCGCUCGAUUCUAUUACGAAGGAACGCGAGUACUGAAGCGAAACUAUGCAGAGGCAAUGAAGUACUUCAAGCUAGUGGCGAAGCAGUGCUGGACAAAGGACGGCAAGCUGCUUCCAAAUAUUUCUAAAGUUGCUGAGCUGUACGCGGGAAGGAUCGCUGGAUACCUGGGCCGAAUGUACUUGCGAGGAGAAGGGGUGCCUGUGGAUGCGGCAAAGGCAUUAAAAUGGUACAAGCUGGGUGCAAAGGCAGGGGAUGCUGCUAGCUUGAAUGGUCUUGGGUAUAUGCAUUUGAAGGGACUGGGAGGAUUGAAGGCAAAUGCGGUGAAGGCAGCAGAGUAUUUUAGAGCAGCGGCAGAGCGAGAUUUCGGCCCGGCUCAGGUGAAUAUCGGGAAGCUGUUCCUGGAGAAGCAAGAGGUUGCGAUUGCGACGCAGUACUUUGAGCAUGCGGUCCGACACCGGCAUAUCGAGGCUUACUACUAUUUGGCGGAGAUGUAUAACCAGGGCCUAGACAAGGAGCCUUCGUGUGGUAUGGCCGCGGUGCAUUACAAGAUUGUUGCGGAGAAGGUUGAGGACAUACACAGUCCGCUGGCAUGGGCGCACGAGCGGUACAAGGCAGCAGACUACGAGAAUGCGCUGAUUGGGUUUAUGAUGGCUGCAGAGCAAGGAUAUGAGAGUGCGCAGGCAAACGUCGCGUAUUUGAUUGAUCGGGACAAGUCUGCGUUUAGUCUUUCUACGGUAGUCGAUUAUCUGCUGGGAUACUUUGAGACGCAUACGGAUGAAGAGAUUGCGGAGGAUGAGCGGAUCGAGAAGCUUGACCGGUUUAUCGACGAAGUGGCGCUGAUCUAUUGGACGCGAGCUUCGAAGCAGACCAACGUGGACGCGACGGUUAAGAUGGGCGACUACUAUCUGAAGGGGAUCGGUACGCAGAAGGACAACGAGAAAGCCGCUGCGUGUUACCAGUCGGCGGCAGAGUUUCAGCAGUCUGCGCUUGCGCUGUGGAAUCUGGGGUGGAUGCAUGAAAACGGGCUUGGUGUGGAGCAAGACUUUCAUCUCGCUAAGAGGUUCUACGACCUGGCGUUAACGACUAACUCAGAGGCAUAUUUGCCGGUGACGUUGGCGCUGUAUAGGUUACGUCUACGGAGUUUCUGGAACUCAUUCACGGGCGGGAGCGUGAACGGGAUUGGCGUUGACGGCGGCGAGGAAGAUGACGAAAAAGAAGACGGAAAGGACGGCGACGAUGAGGCGGAGUCAUGGAAAGCUCGGGAGCAAGCCGGAGAGCAAGCCGGCGAGGAGUCGGCCCCGAAGCGCUCGUUCUGGGAUCUGUUGAAGCAAUGGUGGGAUCAGAUGAACGAUGACGAGUACUUUGAUGACUUUGUGCCGGAGGACGAGGCCGACUCGGGCGACGGGCCGGGCGAAGGUGGUGGCAACUACCAGAUAUGAAGGGUAUAGGGGAAGAGGGACGGAGCACGUUGUGGGCACGUUGCUGGCACGUUGUUUGUAUGAUAUAAUGGCAUAGGAAGUAUCGCCCGCUCGCUCUCUUGUUUUCGCUACAUUUGAUGAAACGCGGGAGCCACGUUAUAGCGAAAGCAAGCGAGCGCGCGAAUGAGAGGCGAGGAUUAGCGUUGGUCGAUUAAUUGAGCAAAGAAGAGAAAUCUACGCUGUCGAGAGGUGCAAAGGUCUCUGAAAGGCAAAGGAGCAGACCGGGAUGGGAACCCUGAAGCCGAAGUCAAAGUUGACAAUUUGCCGAUUUAAACGCCCGGGUUCCUGAGCCCAAAUUAGAGCCCGUGCCCGAUCGGGUAAGCAAGGUCACAUGCAUGCGGUUAGGGCCACUCAAUCAGGCACGUUGCCCUGGCGACAGGGUUUGAUCACAAAAGGAGUCACGGCUCACACGAG